AUGUUUUUCAAUACAAAAAUUGCAUUUGGUUUAGCAUCCUUGUUUGCUGGUUACGUCACUGCUGGUAACGAUCUUCCAUCCAUUGAAAUAGAAGGUAACAAGUUUUUUUACAGUAACAACGGUUCCCAAUUUUAUAUAAAGGGUGUUGCUUACCAAGCCAAUAGUGCUAACGCAACCGCUGGUGAAACCAUUGUUGAUCCUUUGGCUGAUUAUGAUUCUUGUUCAAGAGAUAUCCCAUACUUAGAAAAGUUAACCACAAAUGUUAUUCGUGUUUAUGCUGUCAACACAUCAUUGGACCACUCCAAAUGUAUGAGUGCCCUAAAUGAUGCUGGUAUUUAUGUUAUUGCUGAUUUGUCUGAUCCAACAUAUGCCAUUAACAGAGAAAGUCCUGCUUGGACCGUUGACCUAUACGAUCGUUACACAUCCGUUAUUGACGAAUUUGCUAACUACACAAACGUUUUAGGGUUUUUUGCUGGUAACGAAGUUACUAACAACAGUACCAAUACAGAUGCCUCAACUUUUGUUAAGGCUGCUGUCAGAGAUUCCAAGGCUUAUAUCAAGAAGCAAGGUUACAGAAGUAUUCCAGUUGGUUACUCCUCCAACGAUGAUGCUGAUACCAGAGUUGCCAUGGCCGACUAUUUUGCCUGUGGUGAUGAUGAUGACAAAGCUGAUUUCUAUGGUAUUAAUAUGUAUGAAUGGUGUGGUCCCAGUACUUAUGCUACGUCUGGUUACAAAGACAGAACUGCUGAAUUUGCCAACUUGAGUAUUCCACUAUUCUUUUCUGAAUAUGGUUGUAAUUCAGUCCAACCAAGAAAGUUCACUGAAGUUCAAGCUUUGUACGGUUCCAACAUGACAAGUGUUUGGUCUGGUGGUAUUGUUUACAUGUACUUCCAAGAAGAAAAUGAUUAUGGUUUGGUGUCUAUUGUUAGCAGUUCUGUUUCCACUUUGUCAGACUUUAACUAUUUGUCCAGUGAAUUGCACAGUAUCUCUCCUUCUUCUGUCAAUAAUGCUUCUUACACUGCUUCCUCCACUAGUUUGUCUUGCCCAGCUACCGGAGUCUACUGGGAAGCUAACACCAAGUUGCCACCAACUCCAAACAGUGAUUUGUGUUCUUGUAUGGAAGCUUCAUUAUCAUGUGUUUAUGUUAAUGACACUUCUGACGAUACAGGUGAUGCAUAUGAUGAACUAUUUAGUUAUAUUUGUGCUGAAAUUGAUUGUGCAGAUAUCAUUGCCAACGGUACCACUGGUAAGUAUGGUUCUUACUCUUUCUGUUCCCCAGCUGAAAAAUUGUCCUAUGUUAUGAACGUGUAUUACAAGAAGUAUGGUUCCUCUUCCGACUGUGACUUUAGUGGUUCUGCUACUUUGCAAAGCGCUACUACUGCUAGUACUUGUUCCUCUAUGUUGAAGGCUGUCUCAUUAGAUUCAGCUUCUGGUUCAGCUUCUGGGUCAGCUUCAGCUUCUGCUUCAGCCUCCGAUUCCAGUUCUGGUUCUCAAUCUAGCUCUAAAGCUAGCUCCAAAUCCAGCGCCAAAUCUGGUUCAUCUGACUCAUCUAGUUCAUCUGGUUCAUCCAGCUCUUCUACAUCAACUUCUAAGAGUAAGAGUGCUGCUUCUGCAUCUGUCAAGGUUAACUUGUUCCAGGUUAUUUUGAGUUCUAUUGUUACCUUGGCUGCUGUUGCCGGUGUUGGAUUUGUUUUGGCUUAA